UCUGACCUCUCACACACUCCGCGCUUUGGCAGGUGUAUAGACUCAAACUGCCAUCACAGGAGCGCGGAUCCCCAGCAGAGUGCUGCUCUCUCCUUCUCGACACUCUCUACUCAGUCCAGCCGCAUCGAGACACCAUCAACAUGCUCACACUGGCCGCCUCUCGUCUCCUGAGGAGCUCACUGAAGACUCAGCUGGUACAAGUGGCCAAUGUUUCAGCCAAACCUGCCAAGCACAAUGUCACAGCAGGGGAGCAGGCGAUCGCCAUGACAGUCAUGUUUGUCACCAUCCUGGGUCCAUCUGGCUGGGUACUGGCCCACCUGGAGGACUACAAGAAUAAACAGUAGAAGAAGAAAGAGGACGUGAAGAGGGAGGAGACAAAGAAAAAGAGACAACGUGGCGUCAUGCUGGCUCAGUGGGCCUUGGUAUACACUGCGAUGUGGCAUCAAGGAUUUGUCUGAUGUCAUUCCCUCUCCCUCCAGUUUUUCUCUCUCUCUCCCCUCUACCAUCUUUCCAGACAGAGAUACCAGUGUUGUUUGCACUGCUGUUCUCCCUUCAUAUGCGUUUUGCUCUUCUGACUCCUUACAGUAUAUAUCUGUGCAUCUAUCAGUCACUUACCAAUAAACCAGUAUACAGUACCUACCAAACGAG